AUGAUUGGGUGACCCGAUCCAAGCUUUGAAAACCUCUAAAAACGUGAAAAACUCGAAUUUGUUAUCUCUUUGACGAAAACAAUGAAGAUAUCUCUCUUGUUCCUUAUCUCUUUCCUGAUUCUGUCACCCAUCUUCUCCCUACAAGAUGAUCCGAACCCUCAAUUGAAGAAGACACCGAGUCGUGCACACGCAGAGCUCACGAAUCAUGGGUUCCCAAUUGGGCUACUCCCUUUAUCCGUGAAAGAUUACGUCCUAAACCAAACCUCCGGUGACUUCUCCCUCUUCCUCCACGGGACUUGCAAAAUCACGCUCCCUCCUGAUAACUACAUCGCCACUUACUCCAACAAAGUAACGGGUCGGAUCUCUCAGGGCAAGAUCGCGGAGCUCCAAGGGAUUCGGGUCCGGGCGUUUUUCAAGUGGUGGUCUAUCUCUGGGAUCCGAUCUUCUGGGGAUAACCUCGUCUUUGAAGUCGCUGGGGUUACUGCUAAAUACCCUUCUAAGAACUUUGAUAACAGUCUUGAUUGUGAAGGCAAACGAUCCUCUUCUUGAUUUCAAUUUGCUAUUUAAAGGCAGAUCUAUGAAGGCAGGAAGGAACAAAGUGAAUAAUGGUUUGUAAUAUAUAUUUAUCUCUAUCCCACAAAACAGCGCUUGUAAUUUAAAAACCGCAAUGAAAACCACGACUCUAUUCUCCCUAAACUAUAAGUGUUUCAUGGAAGCUUGUCAGUUAUCAACCAAGAAAUCAGUGUAUAUGAUUAACUAAUUAGUAAGUAUUAUCCAAGUA